AUGCUGGCAUCACCGACACGGCAACAAGGCCGAGAACGAAAAGGCUCCGACUCCGAGAAGCCGGAAGCCGAACAUGUGGAAGAAGCUGGCAUGCCUGGAGAAGAGACCGAACGAGCUCCAGGGGGACCGCAGUCAGAAGAGCCUUGGGAAUUAUACCGCCGCGGCCUAAAGCCUUCUGCAAAGCUGCUUGAGGAUGCUCGCUCUUCGCUUCGAAGGACUAUGUUUGACCAGGUGAAAAAAGAUGAGGCAUUAAAGGAAAACAAGGCGCUUCUGGCGGCCAUGAUGCGCCGGAUCUUCCCGACGCCGCCUGCUCCAGCCCAUAUUAAACCUGCGCAUGUGCAGCAGGCUCCUCAGGUACAGCAGGUACCUCAGGUGAAGCAGACUCAGCAGGUGUCUCAGGUGCAGCAGGCGCAGCAGGCGCAGCAAUAUCCAGUUAACCAAAUUGCUGUAGGGCCUCGUGUCUCUUUCGGUGAACAGGGUGCGUACCCCCGGUGGGUGCUCGUACCUGCUCUACAGCAGGGAAACCAGCAGCUGCCUUCGCACAAGCUGAUGUGGGAAUUCGAGCCCGGCCCACCCUCUGGUUGGGGUGGUCUGACGAAGGAACAGCUGUACGAGUGGUCGUAUAAUUGGCAAAGAGCCUGGGUUGAGGAUCCCGAGGGAAGGGAGGCAAUCAUCUCGCAUUUGCGAUACGGGCCUCUUAAAGAGCUUGUGAAAGGCGUCGCUCAACCUCUGCCGCCUCUUCCAAAUCCCCCAGCCACCAAUUUCUACCUGAAACCAGUUACUCCUCCUGCUCCGGCUCACUAUGAGACCUGGCGUUGGUCCUACAAGAGGGACUACACACGUCCGACUGCCCCAAUCCGGCAAGGCAUGUACAGCAGAGGGUUGAACCCGGGGCAGCAAGGAGUAGGUGAUGAAGAAAUUCAACUUCCUGGCAUCGGUACUCACCGCAAACAGUACGGCGCAAAUCGCGAACGAGCUGAGGCAGGCGCUGCAAAACCGCUAGCCCUCGACGACGGGGAAGAGCCUGAAAUUGGUAACACGGCCGUAAAGAAGGGCAUCAGGGAAUUCGCGAAGAUCAAAAGAGGGCCCCCACCGGGUCAGGCCGGCGCUCGUCGCAUCGUAUACACAAAGCCAAAACAGGAGCCAGUGGCACCACCGGACACAGAGUCGGAACCAGACACAGAGCCAGAGUCAGAGCCAGAGAAUUUGAGAUCAAAAGAACACGAGCUCGUGACCAAAGCCCUUGAGGAGCUGAAGAAGAAUCAUGAGAAAUACUUCCCUCGGCGUACUCUCCGGCGCAUAAGGACAUGGCCGGGCGACGUGAUCCCCAAUUACAUCGGCAACGAUGAAUUGAAGCUCGUACCCGAGUAUCCCCUCGAGCACAGGCCAUUUCACGAGCGAAAUCAAGUGGAACAAGGUCGGACAGCUAAGAGAGCUGCAAGCGGUUUGCCAAAGCAGGCUUCCAGGGCUGAUGCUGAUUCCGACAAUAAUGAUGGCUCCACCAGUGGUGGUACUACUGGGAAGGCGAAAAGGGCCCGUACAACCACGAACUCGACCACUGCUGGCACAGCAAAGACUGCAGGGACAGCGAAGACUGCUGGCACAGCCGCUCCCGCGCAGCAAAGCAGAUACCCGAAACGUACUUGUCGAAAAUAA